AUGGCACUCCAGAACGCCCUCUUUUUGCAGGACCUUUCGCUCACCAACACCACAGUCUCUGGACAGUUGCACGCAUUGGAGAAUGCUACGGAGUUACACAACGUCUACCUUGAUGACUCCAGGAUUUCAGGGGACUUGGCGGCCUUGAAGCAGGCGAUGGACUUGGAGGUGUUGUCCGCGGAGAACACCGACAUUUCUGGGGACUUGCAAGUGUUGAACAUGAAGCAUUUGAACCUGCUCCAUUUGCCCAACACCAGCGUGGUGGGGCACCUGGGCUCCUUGCGUACGGCCAUUUGGCUACGAAGCGUGCAUCUCUCGCGGACUGCUGUGCGAGGGAACUUAAACACUUUGGAGCCUAGAGGAUGCAAUGCCGAUGGUGGCAUGGGCCUUUGCCAUGUGGAGAGCUUGUUCUUGGCCGAGACCAAGGUCACAGGUAGCAUCCGCACGCUCAUCAAGAUGAACGAUCUGGAGCAGGUGGACCUCUCCCGCAGCGCGGUGCGUGGGAAGCUCACGGCCGCCUGGCGCGGCUGCUGCCAGAGGCUUCGGAGCUUGAAGCUUUCGGAUAGCUCUGUGCGCUUGCUGCCGCCGCCGGGGCCCGAUCGGGACGCGUUGCGCGAGAUUUGGAGCGAAGGAGGUCAUCGGUUCCUGCCCGAUCUCAGCAUCUUAGAGGUGAGUGGAUGUCCACUGAAUGCCUCCGUGGAGGAGUUCCUGGCGCCCUUCUUGGGUUGCAGCGCUUUGGCCAGUUUGAAGGCAGCCCACUGCGGCUUGCGUGGCGCUGUGCCGGACCUGCACCACAUCAAGUGGGUGAAGCGAAACGGGCGUUUCUGGUCGGCUUGGGAGUCAGACUUGGCACGAUCCCUGCAGACUUUGGACCUCUCCUUCAACGACAUCUCCUACGUGGCGAACAUCCCUCGGGAUGCACAGGCAGUGAUUUUGGCCUCGAACCCUCCGAUGGUCUUGGCGCCCGGCGUGUUGCUGCGCGCGGUGGAAGAGCACAUUUUCCUGGGCCUGCAGAAUGUGAGACUUCACAGCGUGGAAGCCGAACAGCUGUUGGAAGACAAGGUGUUACAAAUGACCCAUCACCGAAGCAUGUCCAGUGCCGAUGGCAGUUUCGCUUGCUUUGAUCUGGCAACAACCUCCCUACAGAUCUCACCGGACAAGUUCCUCCCAGAGCGGCUUUGCAGCUGCGGGCCGGGCUGGAUCGGGAAGGGCACGGAGUGCCAGAAAUGCCCGGCGAGCACCUUUAAGGAGGACUUCCAGGGCAAGUGCAAGACAUGCCCAGCCGGAAGCAUGGCGAAAGAGGGAUCUGCGUCGCCCAGCGCGUGCAAGUGUGGACUUGGAGAGCUUUACAAUCAGAGUGGCAACUGGACCUGCGCCUGCCCAGUGGAGCGAGCGCUCUUGGGCCAAGCCUGUGUUCGCUGCCACACUCGACACCUGUACUGCUCCAGCCCUGGAAACCGAGUGGAAACCGCUGAGCCGCGGCGCGGCUACGCACGCCUGAAGGAGAAGGACCACCAGGCCUACAAAUGUCUUCCGCCCCGCAAGACACGGUGCAACGCGUCGGCGGCCGUGAGCGGCUCGGAGCAUCCGGAAUGCAGCGAUGGCUAUGUUGGCAUCCUUUGCAGCACCUGCGAUGCCAAGUAUUACGCCAGCAAGACGCUCUGCAAACCCUGCCCACCAAGCUGGAUUCCAGAGGCUUGGAAAAACACCAUCUUCAUCUCCUUGGCUUUGGCACUCCUUGUGUCUUCGGCUGCUGGAGCUUGGCUGUGGAGGCGUCGCAUCGGCGCAGCGGUGGUGCCACCGCAGCGAAGGGGCCGCAUGGAGGCGCUCAAGGAGCAGGUCGCAGCCCAAGCACCCAUUUUGCUGCAGAUGUGUCAGCUAUGGGCUGUGCUAGGAGUUUCGGCUACGUCUACAUCUGACUUGGAGACUGAGAAGAACACUGAGAAGUCGAGCUUUUGGGAAGUGCCUUACGUUGAGGCGCUGCUGUUUUCGGUGGAGAAUCUCAAGGGUACCUUGAACUUGGAAUGCAACUACGAUGGCCAAACAGUUCGAUUCUGGAGUGACUUGCUGGCGCCGUUGGUGCCCUUGGCCAUUUUGUUGUGCUGCUUGGCGCUGGAAACGCAGCGUGGAGCAGGCAUCAAUGCAGCCCUCAAAGCGAUCACGCUCUUCUACAUCGGUGGCUGCGCCAGCUCCGCUGACCUCAUGAGCUGCCAAGGCACCGACGGAGGUGACGACCCCCUUCCGGACACCUUCGUGUUUCGUAAGCGAAUGCCCUACCUUUGGUGCUUUCGACAGCCCGAAACAGAGCUGAAGCGUUACGUGGAUGCCGUGGGCUACUUUUGCCGCUUUUGCUACGGCAUCAUCAUCCCCAGCUGCUUGCUCUACCUCUAUGUACGGCAGCAGGUGCUCUUGCAGCCCAGCCGAACGGUCUUGGCCUCGUCGCGCAUCGAAUCGGAGGAGGUCAUGACCUUGCACCUUCACGAGGUCCGUGGCUCCGUACAGCCUUUGGAGGAGGAGGCCGCCGCACGGCGCUUGUUGAGCUUUGCGUCGGCGUACGUGGCAGUGUUGAAGCGGGGCCAGGUGCAGCUCGCGCUGGUGGAUGGUGCGGUGACCGUGACGUCGCUUCACCCGGGUCGUUCCAGCACGGAGGAGCUCGAGGCACUGAGUCUGGUGGGUCCCAUGGACAUCAAGAACCAGGUGACCACAAUCCGCUGUCGCUCGAUUUCGGAGAUGAUUUUGGAGCGCUGCGUCUUGCAAGAGGCUUUGUGCGGCAACCUUUGGAUGGAGAUCCUACUGAAGUUGGUGGCGGUGUCGCUGAUCUCAGUGGUCAACGCGCUCCAAUGCUGCUGCUUCUCCUGCCUUGCGUUGUCAGUGCUUGGCUUUCACAACGGCUGGCCCUACUUGAGCCGCUUCGCAUUGCUACUACCCUUCCUACUCAGCGCGCUACAAGCUUUGCGGCCGGAUAGUGCACCAAGCCUGGCCGUGCGCUUGUGGGAGGAACUCGAACCUCAGCUGGGAGUCUUCCGGAAGGGCCACAAGAUCGAAGUGAGAGCCGAGACCUUCUCGCACCAGGUGAUCAUCCAAUUGACAUACCCCGGCGUAGGCGUGAAGCUCUUCGUGUGCGCGGUCGGGGUUCCACCCAAGUGGAUGGUGGAUAAGCUCCAUGGUGCUGGAAUCAUUUGCAUGAACAUGGUCGGUGCGCCGCAUCACGUGGCCAAGGCACUCGAGGUGGGCAUGGACAUGAUUUGCGCCCAGGGCACUGAAGCAGGUGGCCACACUGGAGAUGUGGCGACCCUGCCGCUGAUCCCGCAAUGUGUCGAUGCCUGCCGGGGCAAGAAGAACUUCUUCGGGCUCCAGGUGCCUGUGGUGGCCGCAGGCGGCAUCUUCGAUGGUCGCGGAUUGGGCGCUGCGCUCUGCCUGGGCGCCACUGGUGUUUGGGUCGGCACGCGCUUCAUUUGCUCAGAGGAAGCGAAUGCAGGGCCCGUCCACAAGCAGCGCAUCAUGAAGGCGCAGAGCGUGGACACGACCCGCACGGAGAUCUUCACUGGCCGACCCUGCCGGGUCUUGAAGACGGAGUAUGUGAAGAGCUGGGACGGCAAAGAGCAAGAUCUGCAGGAGAAGUUGAAGCAAGGCGUGGUGCCUUGGGUCGAGGACAUGAAGGAAGACCGUGCGAAGUUCUCCGACUUUCUACCUGCCUUGAUGGGCCAAGCCGUUGGAGGUGUGAGAGAAGAGAAGAAGGCCGAGCAGAUCGUACAGGAGCGAGGAGGUCGUUGA